UAAUAGGCUUGGCCAACAAGUAUAUAACGUGUGUAGUUGACCAAAUAAACGACCUUGUUCACCAAGCUAUGAAACUAAUUACAAUUGAAAACAUUGAAUUCAUUUUUGUUUCAAUUCAUCAGUAUUUAAAGGUGCACAUUACCAAACAAAAAUUUCAUUCUCAUUCAGAAUUUCAGCUCACAUAACCAAAAAACAAAAUGAAGAGAGAGGGUAGGCAACAUGGUAUGGUCCGAACCUAUAUCAAGCCCGGAAACCUAAACGGGCCCAGCUCAGCCCCAAUUGCGGGCCAGUUCAGUAAAGUGUCAACCAAGCCAACGAACCACUCCAAGUUCACCGGCAAGUGCGCUCGGCCAAUGUGCCGUCAAUGCCACAUCACACCGGCUCGUAAGUCCAUGGACAAGGUGAAGGGGACUCAAAAGCUUCGUUCGUGGUCCGAUUACAGAUCCAACACUUGGACGGUCGUUGGUGGUGAUGAACCCGGUUCGAAAUACUCGUCUGGGUUUUCAGCGACGGGUCUUGUGGACUACUAUUUGGGUAGCGACGACGACUUUCUAUGUGAAGAUGAUUGAUAAAUGAUAUUGAUUUGUAUGAAGAGUCGCGAUUCAUUGAGAUUGAAGCUAUUGGUGCCGAUUAAAAUCGAAGGACUAAAACUAUUAUGAUGAUCAUCAGGAAUUCGUUUAGCAAUUGGAGGAUGGAGAUGGAGAUGAAUAUUAUGGUGCUUUAUAUAUAUAUAUAUAUGUAUUUUCCAUUGAAGAGAUGUCAACUUUAUUUGUUCAAGUGCUAAUUUCAUAUUGUUUUUAUAA